AUGACCCAAUUAAAGGUCGGGUCUACUCAGGCUGCCCGUCGGGCCGGUCCAAGUGGACCUGACCAAGCGCCAGGACCCCUCAGAGCUGAGCUUAUCCCAAGGUCCGAACCGACCCCAGCUCCUACUCCGUCUGCGACCCCGCCGCCGCAAGUGCUAGCGCCGGGAUCUCAACUUCCCAGUGACCAAGCCCGCGGGCAGCCCGGAAGCCCGUCUCUAUAUCGAGCCCGAUUUGUAAACGGGUUUGGGUCGGGCAGUAGAUUUCUUGAUUGCAGCCCGGCCCGACCCGCCCGGCAAUGUUCUGGCCCGCUUUGGGCCGGCCCGUGGGUGGCCCAAGCCCGCCCGAUUAUCAUCCUUACAUUCUCCCCACCUCAGAAUACCAUCUCAAUCACUCUUCAGGCAUGUCUUCAACCUUUUGUCUUGGUCAAUUCAUCAUCCCACCGAUCCAAAAAGAUACCUGAAGUGCAGUCAGCUUUUCAAGCUUCGGAGGUCAAGCUCACUCCAAUUUGGAACUACAACCCAGAUGUUUUCUUUAAAAUUCCGCACUUCACCUCUCAAAUCUCCCCCAACAGUCCCUUUCUACUGAGGAACGAGCAUCCCAACAACAAUUCCAAGGACUUGUGGUACCACAACAACAACGCCUGGCUUCGUCACUACUUUGACGAAGAGUCUGUGUCCAGCAAGACAGAACCACCCAAAGAUGACAGGUUGCAAGGUUCAAUACUUGCUGAUGAUAUGGGAUUAGGGAAGACGUUAACAACACUAGCUUUUAUAUUGGCUACAUGUGAAGAAGGAAGACGCUUUCAAAAGGCUGAUCCCAAAAACCAAUCUUCGGCUACCUUAGUAAUCUUCCCUCUCGCAACGCUAUCAAACUGGCAAAACAAAAUCAGCCUUCAUUUCAACAAUCAUGCAAUUACUUACAAGGUGUUCCAUGGGGAUAAUCGAAAGAAAAUGACUAAAGAAGACCUGCAGUCUAGCAUGAUGAUCUUGACGACGUACAAAAUGAUUACAACAAGUGGGAACAAGAGACAUCACCACCAACUCACAAUUGAAUCUCUCGACCUUUUUUGGUUCAUAGUUGUCUUGGACAAGGCACAGAAUCCAAUAACAAAUCGGACACAGAGCAUUCAGAACCUUCACACGCAGUUCGUGCUUUGCUUAACAGGAACACCAGUCCAAAACCGAUUGACCAACUUGCAAAUCUUGAUAACACUCUUGAAUAUCCAUCCUUGGAAUGAAGAAUGGGUGUGGAAAUGCUGCCUAAUUCCUCAAAUGAACGUUGGAGCUCGACAAGCAAUCAAGACUGUAAAUAGACUAAUGCAAGCCAUUUGCUUGAGAAGAACCAAGGAGGUUCUUCUCCAACUCCCAGAAAAAGUUGAGAAGAUUAUAGUUGUCAACAUCAGCCCACAAUGGGAGGAGGUUUCACAAAUGCUGCACACAACUUUCAUCGAUCUUUUUGAAAGGCUACAAACUGCGGGGGAAAGAUGGGAUUCUUCUGAUUUUUUCAGACAGUUGACAAUGCUUCGUCAAUUUUGUAAUCAUCCUUUAUUUGCGCGAUCGGAGAUUGAAUUUCAACCAGAAUGGCAAUGGCAGGAUUUGGCAAAAGUUGUCCAUCAAGGCGACAAUCUGAAGGUGUUUUUGGAAGGAGUUAGAGGAAUUAACAGGACCAAGGCAGUGGUUUUUUCUAGCUUUACAGGUUUUCUGGGGAUUAUUGAACGGGCGCUUGAAGAGAACAAUAUCAAAUCAACCUGGCUCACGGGGGACAACACUCCAAAAAAACGGGAUGAAAAAUUGGAAGAAUUUCAAACCAACAACACCUGUAAUGUCUUAUUGGCUUCAGUACAAGCAGGUGGGGUUGGGAUUGAUUUGCGGUGCGCUCAGAAUGUGUACAUGAUGGAACCAGGUUGGAACCCCGCAGCAGAGAUUCAGGCUGUUGACCGACUAUACAGGCUAGGACAAGUUAAUCCAGUUCAUGUGUAUCAGUACUAUGUAAGAGGUAGUCUCAAAAUGAACAUCUACCAGGUACAGAAGAGAAAAGGCAAACUAGCAAUGCUAAGCAUACCUUCAGGUGGGAAUGAGAAUUACGAGUGUGCUCAGCUAUUGAUGAAAGAUCUGAUAGGUUGA